AUGUCAUCCUUCUUCGUCGAGCUUUGGGAGGGCAUCUUCACGCCCGGCCCGACACCGACCAUCCUCAAGGCCACAAAUGUCAGCUUUGCCGCCUUGCAGGUCGUCCUGCUGUCGCUCCUGUAUGCCACCUACAGCGUGCACUUUGUGGUGCUGUCGGCGCUGUGCGGCGGGCUGUGGUGGUCAAUCAACUGGUUCGCGCGGGAGCUGAAGAUUGCGCAGGCUGCUGAGGCGGAGCGGAAGAAGAAGGAAGACGAGAAGAAGAAGUUACAGGGUGAUGGGUCGGGGUCGAGCGAUACGGAGGUUGAGGGCAAAGUUGCGAGACGGACGACGAGGAGCAGUAAGAAGAGCGGCGCUGGGCCUGCUGCUGCGGUGAAGGCGGAUGCUGAGCCUUUGGAGAGUAGGGGCGAGGUGAAGCAGAGGGCGGUGCUGGAGCCGCAGUCGAGUGGUACGGAGGAUGAGUGGGAGAGGGUUUCGGAGAGUGAGAGGUAG